GCCGAGGCCAUGGCUUCCAAACAGGCCAAAAAGAAGGAGGUGCAUCGGAUCAACUCGGCGCACGGGUCCGACAAAUCCAAAGAAAAUGCACCAUCUGGUUCUGCUGAACAAAAGAAGGGGAAAUUCCCAAUCUGGCCAGAGUGGAGUGAAGCUGACAUCAAUGCUGAAAAGUGGGACUCGGGCAAAGUUGGCAAAGAAAAGGACAAAACUGUCAAGAGUCCAGUAUUUCAUUUUUUUGAAGACCCUGAAGGAAAGAUUGAAUUGCCACCAUCACUGAAACCGUAUACUUGGAAACGCCCGCAGGAUUUUAUAAUUAGUCGGACUCCAGUAGUUGUGAAAAAUGAAAUCACAUUUGACAUGUUUUCAGUCAAUGAGCAUUUAAUCUGCAGUGAGCUGAUGCGGUGGAUAAUCAGUGAAAUCUAUGCAGUGUGGAAGAUAUUCAAUGGUGGGAUUCUGAGCAGUUAUUUCAAAGGAAACACGGGAGAGCCUCCUUUUCUCCCCUGGAAGCCCUGGGAACACAUCUACUCACUGUGCAAGGCUGUCAAGGGCCAUAUGCCCUUGUUCAACAGCUAUGGCAAGUAUGUUGUGAAACUUUACUGGAUGGGUUGCUGGAGAAAGAUAACAAUUGAUGACUUCUUCCCUUUUGAUGAAGAUAAUAAUCUAUUGCUUCCAGCUACAACCUGUGAAUUUGAACUUUGGCCAAUGUUGUUGUCUAAGGCAAUCAUUAAGCUGGCAAAUGUGGACAUCCACAUAGCACAGAGGAGAGAACUGGGAGAGUUCACAGUUAUUCAUGCACUCACAGGCUGGCUACCGGAAGUCAUUACUCUCCACCCAGGAUAUGUGGACAAAGUCUGGGAGCUCUUAAAAGAAGUGUUGCCUGAAUUUAGGCUGUCAGAUGACAGCAGCUCUGAAAGCAAAACAGUAGUGAUAGACACCAAAUUAAAAGAACCUGUGAAAGAGGUAAAGAAUGGCAAAGAGUUGAAGGAAAUAAAGGAAGCAAAGGACUUGAAGGAAUUUAGAACUGAAUCUUCCUUAACAGUACUGAAACUUCCUGAGAAAGGUGAAAGAACUCCUAAAGAAAAAUCAGAUGCAAAAGACCUUGGGAAGAAGAAGAGUAAAGAUGGAGAAAAGGAGAAGGAGAAGUUCAAAUUCUCACUUCAUGGUUCAAGACCCUCAUCAGAAGUGCAAUACUCUGUGCAGUCUCUAUCAGAUUGUUCUUCUGUAGCCCAGACCCCUUACAUGGUCGUGUACGCCACCUUCACGCCCCUCUAUUUGUUUGAAAACAAGAUCUUUUCAUUAGAGAAGAUGGCAACUUCUGCUGAGAAACUUCGAGAAUAUGGACUUUCCCACAUCUGUAGUCAUCCAGUGCUGGUGACUAGAAGUCGGUCCUGUCCCCUUGUGACUCCGCCUAAGCCACCACCCAUCCCCCCCUGGAAACUCAUCCGACAACAGAAGGAAAGUGUGAUUACAGAUGAAGCUCAAGAAACAGCAAUAAAGAAGCCUGAACAGUUUCUUGAGAUUUCAAGUCCAUUUUUGAAUUAUAGAAUGCCUCCAUUUACAAUUCCAACAGAAAUUCAUUAUGUACGAUCUGUUAUUAAGAAAGGUGUGCCUCUAGGAUCCGGAUUACCUUCUGUCUCAGAAAAUGAGGAAAAUGCAAGCUUUACUCCAGCAGAAUCCAAUCAAAUCAUAGUAGCCCCGUCUCAGGGUACUAUCACACAACAAGGUGCGCCUGUAAAAGAUGAGCAAGCGGAUCCCCUGCUCAUUGAUUCCCAUCCAGCUGAUGGUUCACACCAUCUUUUAGAAAAAGACUUGGUCAGCCAGACAACGCCAACACAGGAAAAAUCACAGGAAGAAAUGAUAGCAAUAAACAAUGGUAUUUCUAAGGAAAUAUGGUUAGAUUUUGAAGACUUCUGUGUCUGCUUUCAGAAUAUAUACAUUUUCCACAAGCCAAGUUCUUAUAGCCUAAACUAUCAAAAGUCAGAAUUUAAGUUCUCAGAAGAGCGUGUGCCCUACUAUCUAUUUGUGGACAGUCUGAAACCUAUUGAACUACUGGUUUGCUUUUCUGCAUUGGUACGCUGGGGAGAACCUGGAGCGUUAACAAAAGACAGCCCUCCUGUGGAGCCCGGACUCCUCAUAGGUGAAGCAAUUUCCUGGAAGUCUCUGAAACCUCGCAAUCUUGUACUGAAGAUCCACACGUAUGCUACCAAGGCUACGAUGGUGCGCCUACCUGUUGGGAGACACAUGCUCCUCUUCACCGCCUACUCCCCGGUGGGACACUCCAUCCAGGUCUGCAGCAUGGUGACGUUCGUCAUUGGGGAUGAAGAUGUUGUGCUCCCCAACUUUGAGCCGGAGAGCUACCGAUUUACAGAGCAAUCUAUCACAAUUCUAAAAGCUGUAGGAAAUGUGAUUGUUAAUUUCAAAGACAAGAACAGGUUUUCUGCUGCAAUGAAGGAUUUGCACACAGCUCUCUACCCAGUCCCUCUCCACAACAAAGAACUCACUGUCCAACACUUCCGGGUGUUUCACAUUUCUUUAUGGCGUUUAAUGAAGAAAGUUCACAUAUCAAAGCCUGCUGUAAACUUCAAAUUUGCAUUCCGUGCUUUGGUUUUGGAGAUGGAGUUACUGGAUUCUUCCUUAGAUGAAGCGUCUUUAGCCGAAUGGGUGGACCUUAAAUAUUCUGCUCCAAUACUAGAGAAAGAAUAUUCUCCUGAAGAAAUAGCAGCAGCUGUUAAAAUUCAAUCUAUGUGGAGAGGAACCUACGUGAGGCUACUAAUGAAAGCCAGAGUGCCAGACACAAAGGAAAAUACCAGUGUUGCAGAAACUCUUCAGAGAGUUUGGACUGUAUUAGAACUGAAUUUGGAACAAUAUGCAAUUUCUCUACUAAGACUAAUGUUUAAAAGCAAAUGCAAGUCUAUGGAAUCUUACCCAUGCUUUCAAGAUGAAGAAACAAAACUUACUUUUGCUGACUAUACAGUAACCUAUCCAGACCAACCACCAAAUUAUUGGUUCAUAGUAUUCAGAGAAACAUUCUUGGUACCUCAAGAUAUGAUUUUGCUUCCCAAAGUGUACUCUACACUGCCAGUCUGUAUGCUUCACGUUGUUAAUAAUGACACAAUGGAACAAGUGCCAAAGGUGUUCCAGAAAGUGGUGCCUUACCUCUAUACCAAGAAUAAGAAAGGAUAUACCUUUGUGGCCGAAGCGUUCACGGGUGACACGUUUGUGUCCGGAUCACGAUGGAAACUGCGCCUCAUUGGCUCGUACACACCACUCCCCUGUCUCACCCGAGAAUCCCCUAGCAACACCUUCUCCAUCAAGGAAGUCAGAGAUUACUACAUACCCAAUGAUAAGAAAAUCUUAUUCAGGUAUUCUGUUAAAGUGGCCUUAGCACACCCUGUUACAAUACAGGUACGGACAUCCAAACCAGAUGUCUUCAUCAAGCUUCAGGUUUUAGAAAAUGAAGAAAUCGUGGUGAGCACCAUUGGAAAAGGCCAAGCUAUAAUCCCAGCAUUUAGCUUCUUGGGAGGUGAAAAGGCUCUGAGCUCUCAAUCUAGCAAGCAAGUUCUUUCAUUUCAUGCUGCCCUGAAGAAGGACCAAGACAUUCCGAGUAAGAAGAAAUCUGCCCAGGGAAGUCAAAAAUCCUUUAAGGGUAGACCUGGAAGUGCCAUGGUAGAGCCAGGUCUGUCUCUGUUGGAGGAGGAAGUUAUCAGUGUACCCACUGUAGAAGAAAAUUCUAGCACGCCACAGCAGGGCUAUAAAUAUAUCAUACAGUGUUUGGUGCUGUAUAACAGCUGGACUCUCACUGAAGGUCAGCUGACAUUUGUUCAAGCACUAAAAGACUUAGAGAAAAGUGACACCAAAGGUCACAUGGAGAAACAUGAAGAAUUAGUUACUAUGGGAAGCCCAGAUGCCCAUGCUAUUAGUGAGGGGCAGAAAUCAGCAUCAACUUCCAAAACAACCCGGAAAGGCAAAGAAAAGUCUGCUGACAAAGAAAAGGCAUCUAAAGAAAAGCAGGGCCCUCGUUUUGAGCCUCAGGCAGCCACUGUUCACUCUCAACAAGAAGAUCCAAACAAACCCUACUGGAUUUUGAGGCUUGUCUCUGAACACAGCGAAUCGGAAUACUUUGAUGUGAGAAAAGAUACAGAGAGAGCAGAUGAAAUCAGGGCCAUGAAACAAGCCUGGGAGACUACGGAGCCAGGAAGAGCAAUCAAGGCUUCGCAGGCCCGCUUGCGUUACCUCAACAAAUUCAUCAAGAAAUCCUCCGACGCCCCCGAGGAUGCCUCUGCGACCGAGGGCCCCACAAAGCACUCGGAAGAAGGGAAUUUGCUGAUGAAGAAGUGGCAGACAUCCAAAGGCAUGAAGGAUUUGACAAAAUCCCUGAGCAGUGAUGAUGGGGCAAACAUAACAGGCAAAGAAGAGCAUGAGCAGAGUCCAAAGUCUGGGUCUCGCUCAAGAUCCCCCACAAUUUUGGAAACGUCUCCACAAGUAAUUCGAAAAGCUCUAGAACGUGUGGACUUAAAUCAAUACAUACGGAGAACAAGAGAUGAUAUUAUGAUGCAAACAGAUGAACUGAGCCAUCAGCAAGCGAUGCAGAAAGCUGAAGAAGUUCAUCAGUUUCGGCAAUACAGGACCAGAAUGCUUAGUGUGAGAGAUAUUGAUCAAGAAGAACGGUGUAAGCUGAAAAAUGAAGUUGUGGACAUGUAUGGUGAAAUGCGGGACACCUUAGAUGAAGCAAGGGAGAAAAUUUUGGACAUCCGGGAAGAGUACAGAAACAAGCUGAUGGAGGCUGAGCGCCUACGGCUAGAAGUGCUGGCUGCUCAGGAGGCCGCGGUUCGAGUGGAAUCAGAAAGGAAGGCUACAGAGAGGAAGGCCCCAGGUCCCGACGCGCAGAAAAAAAAGAAAGGGAAGAAAAAGUAACCAGGAGAUGACCAAUAAUGCUUCUUCUACAGAGGCAAAAAAAUAUUAAAUGAUGGAAAGUUUUAUCUGUUGGUAAAAUAUUAGGCCAAUUAAAA